GCGUGACGCCACCGGCAGGGGGCGGGGCCUGGCGGAGAGCGGUUCGCGCGCUUCGGGCCUAGUCCGGACUCGCAGCCGCCGCCGCCAUAUUCCCGUGGCGUCUCUCUCACUUUGUCCCCUCUCCGGGCGCGAGAUCGUCCUUCCGGAGCCAUGUCAGAAGGAGUGGACCUUAUCGAUAUCUACGCCGACGAGGAGUUCAACCAGGACCCAGAGUUCAACAAUACAGAUCAGAUUGACCUGUAUGAUGACGUGCUGACGGCUACCUCACAGCCCUCAGAUGACAGAAGCAGCAGCACUGAGCCACCACCACCCGUCCGCCAGGAGUCCUCUCCAAAGCCCAACAACAAGACCCCAGCGAUUCUCUACACAUGCAGUGGCCUGCGCAGCAGGCGAGCAGCCGUCUAUGUGGGCAGCUUUUCCUGGUGGACCACAGACCAGCAGCUGAUCCAGGUUAUUCGCUCUAUAGGAGUCUAUGAUGUGGUGGAGUUGAAAUUUGCAGAGAAUCGAGCAAAUGGCCAGUCCAAAGGGUAUGCUGAGGUGGUGGUAGCCUCUGAAAACUCCGUCCACAAAUUGCUGGAGCUCUUGCCAGGGAAAGUUCUCAAUGGGGAAAAAGUGGACGUGAGGCCGGCCACCCGGCAAAACCUGUCACAGUUUGAGGCCCAGGCUCGGAAACGUGAGUGCGUCCGAGUCCCGAGAGGGGGAAUACCUCCACGGGCCCACUCCCGAGACUCUAGUGACUCUGCUGACGGCCGGGCCACGCCCUCUGAGAACCUUGUUCCCUCGUCUGCCCGCGUGGAUAAGCCCCCCAGUGUGCUACCCUACUUCAAUCGCCCUCCUUCAGCCCUUCCCCUGAUGGGUCUGCCCCCACCCCCGAUUCCACCCCCGCCACCUCUUUCCUCAAGCUUUGGGGUCCCUCCUCCUCCUCCUGGCAUCCACUACCAGCAUCUCAUGCCUCCCCCGCCUCGAUUACCUCCUCAUCUGACUGUACCUCCCCCUGGAGCCAUCCCACCUGCCCUGCACCUCAAUCCAGCCUUCUUCCCCCCUCCAAAUGCCACUGUGGGGCCUCCACCAGAGACUUACAUGAAGGCCUCUACGCCCUAUAACCACCAUGGCAGCCGAGAUUCGGGCCCUCCGCCCUCCACAGUGAGUGAAGCUGAGUUUGAAGAGAUCAUGAAACGAAACAGAGCGAUUUCCAGCAGUGCCAUUUCCAAAGCGGUGUCUGGAGCCAGUGCAGGGGAUUACAGUGACGCAAUCGAGACACUGCUCACAGCCAUUGCGGUCAUCAAGCAGUCCCGGGUAGCCAACGAUGAGCGUUGCAGAGUACUCAUCUCCUCGCUUAAGGACUGUCUUCAUGGCAUCGAGGCCAAGUCCUACAGUGUGGGUGCCAGCAGCAGCUCCUCCAGGAAGAGACAUCGGUCCAGGGAGCGGUCGCCCAGCCGGUCCCGAGAGAGCAGCAGGAGGCACCGGGACCUGCUUCACAGUGAAGAUCGGCAUGACGACUACUUCCCAGAGAGGACCCGGGAGCACGAGAGGCACCGGGACAGAGAACGAGACCGGCACCACUGAGCGGGAGUCUGGUUGGAAGCAAAUGUUUUUAACGGACUCGCAUCUCCAACGUGAUCAGGACUGAAGGACGGAGGCCGCUCCGCUCCCCCUUCCUCCACUCCCCUAGUCCUCCUGACACCCAGGGACUCCCUCUGCCCCACAGGUUUGAAGAUGCUUGGCAGCCCUCCCAGCCCUGUGCUUCCUGUCUGCCAGGGGAGGAACCUAAGUCCGUGUAGCUGGGAGGGUGGCAGACAGGAAGUUGGCUCCAUGCUGGGGCCCUGGUCCUCAGAGAAUGGUGCUUUGUCUGAGGAAGCCUGCCUGUUUCUGAGUCCAGGAGCAGGCAGUGGUGAUGUUGGUGAAAAGGCCUCCUUCCUAAGGAAACAGGUCCUCCUUGCAGAUCUCGGAGGUGACGGCUGUGCCAAAAUAUGCAGGGCCUUGUCCUUAGCACUAGGUUUGAUGGGGCCAAGAGGGCCCAAGCCCUUGCUUAUGUUUUUUGUUAAUGUCUUUCCCUUCCCCACCCUUUGAGAAGGGACCAGGAGAACAGAUGUUACCUAGUGACGACCUCCUUCUGGUCCUGAUUUUCCCUUGCAUCUUGAUGGUUUGUGUCCCUGAAUCUCUCUGGCUCCCUGCUGCCCAGCGCCUCUGGUCCUGUCCCUGAGCAGAAAUGCCAUGGAGUUGCUUCUGCUGGAAGCCCUGUGCCGCUUCGAGCUUGGUUGCCUCUCACGGUAACCAGCUCUCUCGUGUUCCUUUCCCUGGGGCUUGUCAUGUGAGCAUGGUGCCCUUCCCCCAGGAAAGCUGCUUCCUUGUUUUAGAGGAAGUUACUGCCGCUGGGGGACAGGGUUCUCUGGACCUCAACAGCAAAGAAGCCUAGCCAAGUACCGGGGGGCAGGGAAGAGGCAGCCUGGGUGGGUCUGGCCACCUCCCCAGGUCUCCCUUUCUCGGGCUAACCCAAGCGCAGACUUGUGACCCCAAGUACAUCCUUGUAUGUGUCGUGGGAUGACCGGCACUAUCAGGCAGUGAAGUCAGGUUUGGUGUCCCUUCACCUUUAACUUGACUCCCGAGCUCCACUCUGUCCCUUCUUGUCCCUGGCGAGGAGUGCAGAAGCGAUGGAACCUGACUAAGCCAAACUGCCCAGAGUCCUCAGGACCAGUGCUUGGGGCUGGGCAGGUAGAAUUGCUUUUCCCCAACCACCCAAGUUGUCCUGUGGUUGCCGCACAAGGUGACAGCAGCAGGGUCCGGUAGUACCCAGGGUGAGGCGACUGCAUGUGUCCUCGGCACAGGACACGGAGCGAGUGACCAGAUGAGGCUGAGGCCCAGGGUCACAGGCCUGUCUGGCUCAGGGGAGAGACUGAGUUAGACUUAACCCUUCCUCUGUCCCCAGCACGUUUCUGAAACACCCCUCAGUCACUGGGGAGCCCCGGGGGGAGAGGCACAUGCCCCUGGGACAUGUCGGCCACAGCCACAGCCUUGACCCCGUCCCAGUCGUCCCCGGCGCCUCAGAGCGCGGCGCCCGGCCCCGCUGGCCCGGUGGUGGUGAGUGACGUGCUUAUUCUUGACAGCAGCUCCGUGUGUCUUUUUAAACGUAGAGAAAACCAAGUAAGUGAGUCUAAGGAAACAAUAUAUAGAAUAUCACAAAAGCCGUUCACCUGGAGAAUUAUUUUCUCCCCAUUUUUGUUUUUACUCAAUGACACAAUUUUUAGUUUUACUUCCUGAUAGCAAAAGGAAAAGAACCCCGACCCUAAAAAGGCCAAGGCCCCCCCCCCCUUUGUCGGUGAUUUGUCUUUCUGAUAGGUUGAAAAUUGUGUAAUAAACUUGAUGACGCUGUCAAUCUUUUAUACUGCAUUGUAUUUUUUUCCUUUUGUAACAAAAUAUUUUGAAAUAAUAAAUG